AUGUGGUUUUUGCUGCUGCUCUUGCUGCAGGCCGAGCGAGCUUGGGCCUACGGCAUGCAGCUGAAGAGCGACAACGCAAACACCUUAACACCGAAUGCGAGUUUGCGGGCGCAUUCAAUUCGGCGUUUUUCUAAGGCGGUGUUUUAUGCUCGUCAACUCGAAGCAAUAUGCAAAUCACAACCCGCUAAAGAGACACAGGAAGCAGCAGCAGCAGCAGCAGCAGCAGCAGGGACGCAGUCUGGAGAGGCCGCCGGCACUGCAGCAGCAGCAUCAGCAGCAGACGCAGCAGCAGAAGGAACAGGAAAGACCUUGUGCGACGGGAAGACGUGUCUAGAUGCUGCAGCAUAUCGCUGCUUUAUGGAGUCGGUGCUGCUGCAGGAGAAGCAGCAAUGGGCAGCAGCAGCAACAACGCUGCAGCAGCUGCAGCAGCUGUAUAUACAGCUCAAACACCUCAGCAGCACCCAACCAGAAUCAGAGCAGCUUUAUAAAAAAAAGUUAGAGGCACUUGAGCCGCUGCUGCGCCUCUGUGUCUUUCACUCUGGAGAUAUCCGUGCUGCUGCGCUGCAGCAGCACCAGCAGCAGCAGCAAGCGGGCGACAGCAAAAAGCGAGCAGCAGCAGCAGCUGCUGCUGCUAGCAGCAGCAGCAGCAACUCCGGCUGUGUCGCCGUGUGGCGAGGCGUCCCUGUACACCCCAAGAGAGAGAAACCGAGAGCAGCAAUUGCUGCAGCACUUGCGAACUGGCAGCAGCAGCAGCUGCUGCCAGUUGAAACCCUGCGCGCUCUUGCUGCUGCUGCUGCUGCAGCAACAGCAGCAGCAGACAUCACAGCAGCAGCUCCAGCACUCAUGGAAAGAGAUGCCCAGGGAUGGGCAGAACAAUACGGCGAGGCCUCUGCGCGUUUCCGCGGCUGCGUAGAAUUAAUACACAAGGAGCUGAUGGCAGAGCCAGAAGAGGCGUCGUGGCUGCAAGCUCAGGCCUUGCUGCUGCUGACGGUUGGUCGUGCUGCUGCUGCUGCACCCACUGUUGCUGCUGCUGCAUCAGUUGUUGCUGGUGCUGCUGUAGCGUCAGGAAAAGGCACUAGAGAGUUGCUGCUGGGGCGCCACAUGUUGCUGCAUGAGCGGCAUUUGCUGCUGCUGCCUGCUGUUGCUGCUGCAGCUGAUCUUAAAGGAGGCCGGGAGCAGUCGCGAGCGCAGGAGGGAUAUCGCUUUGCUAGCCUUCUGCUGCAGGGUCUAGAGCGCAUGCAAGGAGAGGAUUCACUUCCUGAUGAUCGCCGGCCGCAGCUGCAGCGAUGGGUGCAGGUGGCUAAGGACAGCAAGUAUGUGCAGCAGCAGCAGCAGCAGCAGCAGCCGCAGCAGCAGCAGCACCAGCAGCAGCACCAGCAACAGGAGGUUGUGUGGGUCUUAGCGCGGGCUGUAUCAACGCGACAGGCCACGUGGGCACUUAAAGCAGAUGUGAGGGGGCUGCUGCUGCUGCUGUAA